UUUUCCAGCGCCCGUGUUUGCAGCGGCUGCGUGUGAACUUGCUGUCCCACAAGAGCUUUUUGUUUGCAUGUAGUGGGGGAUGUUCUCUGUUUAACUGUAGGGGAAGGUGGACGGAGGCCUGUGAAGGGGGCUCUCGUUGCUCUGAAGCUCUCGCCAGCGCUGUUCUGAGUGCGAGUUGGCCAGGGGGUGGGGUUGGCUUCGUUUCGCCAUGUGCCUCCCACUCCCCACCUUGAAUAAAGCCAGCUGGUGAGGAGCCAGAGGGCAAACAAAGUAUUUUUCUUCACCGGACGUGUGUGCAAGUUCUCCUUCUUAUGGACUGAAGACCCGGGACUUAACCGAUCACUGGAAGAAGUUAGAAGGAAGGGAGGAGAGAAGGAGAAUACCGCCGGCGAUCAAAUUACAUUUUUGUUUCUCUGUCACUUCAUAACGUGGGAGUCGAGGGGCGAACUGAACGAGAUCACAUUCAUCGUUGUUUUAAAUCGACUCAUUGGCGUUUUUUGUGUGUUUUUUUGUGUUUCUUUUUGUUAAAUGUGACGGCAUUUAAGGUAAAGAGUCCCCUCUCGCUGAGUUUGGAGAGAGGGGGGGAGGGGGGAGGAGGAAUGGUGAAACCCCAGGCUACGAGCAAUGGAAACUGACGCGAUGGAAUUUGCUGAAAGUUGGGAAGCGGUCACAUCUGGGGCAAGGAGACGCGGGCGAAGGGGCCAGCAACCAGUUGGAUGAAGUUUCACCAACUUUGUUUCUCGGUGGAAAGGAGAGCCGACCCAUGGUGCGGAGAGGCGAGCGCAGAAGGGAUUUCUUUAACUUUGUGACUGCAACUCCAAGAUGUCUACCGGGUGGGAGUCUUUUGUUAAGGCGACUGCAGCCUGCCUGCUUCUCCUCUCCACUUUCCCGGGGCAGAGCGGCACCAACCACACGUCUGCUCACGACCGCUGUAAGAAGGUGUCGGACUGCGAGCCGCUGAGGUACAGCACAUGCCUGGGCUCGGCGCUGCCCUACACACAUACCUCGCUCGCCCUGGCCGAGGACUCCACAACUCAAGAGGAGGCACACAACAAGCUGGUCCUGUGGUCAGGGCUACGUAAUGCUCCAGGCUGUUGGACUGUGAUUCAGCAAUUCCUGUGCGCCGUUUACAUGCCAAAAUGUGAACAUGGCAGAGUGGAACUGCCCGGCCAGGUCAUGUGCCAGAUCACCAGAGGCCCCUGCACCAUUGUGGAGCGGGAGAGAGGCUGGCCUGACUUUCUGAAGUGUUCCACUGACCGUUUUCCUGAAGGAUGCCAGAAUGAAGUUCAGAACAUAAAAUUUAACAAUUCUGGCCGGUGCGAGGCUCCCCUGGUGCGUACGGAGAACCCUAAGAGCUGGUACGAGGAUGUGGAAGGCUGCGGGAUCCAGUGUCAGAAUCCGCUCUUCACCAACAGCGAGCAUGAUGCCAUGCACGUCUACAUUGCCAUCUUUGGUUCUGUCACCAUCCUCUGCACAUUCUUCACACUGGCCACCUUUGUUGCUGACUGGAAGAAUUCUAACCGUUAUCCUGCUGUCAUCUUGUUCUAUAUCAAUACUUGUUUCUUUAUCGGAAGUAUUGGCUGGCUUGCACAGUUCAUGGAUGGAGCAAGAAAGGAAAUUGUGUGCAAGGCAGAUGGAACCAUGCGACUUGGAGAGCCAACGUCCAAUGAAACACUGUCUUGCGUUAUCAUUUUUGUCAUCGUCUAUUACUCUCUCAUGUCUGGCGUGAUCUGGUUUGUGAUGCUUACCUACGCCUGGCACAUGUCCUUCAAGGCUCUCGGCACCACCUAUCAGCCUCUCUCUGGCAAGACCUCCUACUUCCACCUCAUCACCUGGUCAAUCCCGUUUAUACUCACCGUCACCAUCUUGGCUCUGGCUCAGGUGGACGGAGACUCUGUAAGCGGGAUCUGCUUUGUUGGAUAUAAGGAUUAUCACUUCCGAGCAGGAUUCGUCCUGGCUCCAAUUGGAUUGGUUCUGCUGGUUGGUGGCUAUUUUCUUAUAAGAGGAGUCAUGACCCUAUUUUCAAUUAAGAGCAAACAUCCAGGGCUCUUGAGUGAGAAAGCAGCCAGCAAAAUUAACGAAACAAUGCUACGUCUCGGUAUUUUUGGCUUCCUGGCAUUUGGUUUUGUCUUCAUCACAUUUGGCUGCCAUUUCUAUGACUUCUUUAACCAGGCUGAUUGGGAGAGGAGUUUCCGUGAUUUUGUUCUGUGUGAAGCCAAUGUUUCCAUUGCUGAGCAAACAAACACACCUAUCCCUGAAUGCAGCAUCAAAAAUCGUCCCAGUCUCCUGGUGGAAAAAAUUAACAUAUUUGCCAUGUUUGGGACGGGCAUCGCCAUGAGCACCUGGGUGUGGACCAAAGCUACAGUCCUGAUCUGGAAAAGGACAUGGUUGAGAAUUAUUGGUCGAAGUGAUGAUGAGCCAAAACGAAUCAAGAAAAGCAGGAUGAUUGCCAAAGCUUUCUCAAAGCGAAAGGAAUUGCUGAAGAACCCAGAUAAGGAGCUGUCAUUCAGCAUGCAGACUGUUUCUCACGAAGGCCCUGUGGCUGGAAUUAAUUUUGAUCUGAAUGAGCCAUCUGGUGACCUCUCGUCUGCUUGGGCUCAACAUGUAACCAAAAUGGUGGCCCGAAGGGGAGCAAUUUUACCUCAGGAUAUUACCGUCACUCCUGCAGAGUCACCAGUUCCUCCGGAUGACAAUAAGAAGGACCUCUGGAUUAUUGAGGCUGAAAUUCCCCCAGAACUUCAGAAGAAAACUGGGAAGAAGAAGAGGAGAAAGAAACGUGUUGGACCUCUUGGAUAUCCAGAGGAGCCACAAGACAUGGGCUACUGCACUGAAAGAGCAUCCAGUACCAUCCCGCGCUUGCCCAAGUUGAUCAUGCAAAAAAGCUUGGUAUCUAAAGCAGUCGAACCAACUAACGUGCAUGAUAUUUUGCCAGGUGCUUUCUUGGAAAAUGGUUUUAGCCCUGGACUUCCUGAUGGGAGGCAUCUCAGAGGAGCACUUGGUAGCUCCUUGGGACCCAGAGGGAAUCCACCUCUAAAUCUGAUCGCAAACCCUCUUUCAGUUGAAGAUGUACUACAGAGUGACCUGGGAUUUUCCCCAGGAGAUCGAUUCCGGCCUCCACAGAGACCAUGCAAUCGUGCGUUCACUCGUUCCUCGGCCAAUAUGGAGCUUGGAGGACUCCCUGCAAUUAACAAUCCUCAUGUACCCAUAUCCCAGCGGAGAAGGACUGCUAUUGCACCCGUACAUUCAAGAACAAAUCUGGUGGAUACUGAGUUAAUGGAUGCCGACUCUGAUUUUUGAACCUUGGGUCAAUUGGAAUUAACAACAUGAAGUGCAGCACCAUCUGACUUCUACUGGGGACUUCAGUAAAUAGCUGCUGCACUUCAUAAGUUUGUAGAAUCCAGCGAAGUUACUUUACUGAAGAUUUGGAAGCAUGAAUAUCUGGUACUGCAAGUAAAUUCAUUGUUUAAAUAAUAUCAUGGAAACAGUAGGAAGCGGUUUACUACCUCUCAAAGUGAUUGGAGUAGCCCAACAUACUAGCUACCAUGGACUGAAAGGUGGCCCUUGACUUGAAACCUCAUGUUUACAGGUCACAUUAUUAAACAAUCUUGACAGGCCAAUUUGAUAAAGUUACUGCAGGCAUUUCCAGAGCUAUGGCACUGAUCAACAGGAUUGGGAAUGCUAGUAACUUCUAAGUCAGUCUUAUGUUCUGCUAGACGAGGAUUAUACAUCGAUCUUGAUAAAAUGUAGAUUUUUUUUUUUCUCUACUCUUUACCUUCAAUAUGCAUUUUGUGAAUGCCCAAUAGGUUAAUCAUAGAAAAUCACAGAAUAAGAUUUGGCCAUUCAUCCCAGCUUACCUAUGCUAGCUCUUUCCUAGAAUAAUAUAAUUGGAACACAGAACAGUGCGGCACAGGAACAGGCCCUUCUGCCCACAAUGUCCAUGCUGAACAUGAUGUACUAAUUACCACUGCAUGCACAUGGCCCAUCUUCCUCCAUUCCUUGCAUAUCUAUGUGCCUAUUAAAGCCUCUUAAAUGUCACCAUCAUAUCUGCCUUCACCACCAUCCCUAUAUCCAUUGUCUCUAUAGCUUUGAAUUCAUAUCCAAUUUCCUUCAGUGGAUUAAACGCCUCAGCCACAUUCUUUGAUACUUUGUAGAUUCUGUUGGCAGCUGUUGGUAUAAAUUUGUUGCUUACGACAUUUUGAAAGGUUAAAAUUUAACAACAACAAGGUCAUUUGUUAAAACUCUUUGUGAUAUAAGCAUAUUUGAUCAGAUUUAGGAAGUGAUGUGUAGAGAUUUGAUCCAGGAAACUAUCAACCUCUCUUGCUCUUAAAGGAAUGUUUGUCAAGAGCUGCCUGCCCAACCCUGCUUGGCAGCAGAGAUCAGAGAUGGUUAUGUAGUCUAAAUUACACCUUUAAAGCUUCAUAAAAGUUUGUUAUAUUGUUGUCUAUCCGAUUAGCCCGGUUGUAGAUAUCAUGGGAGGUGGGGUGUUCAUUGGAUACAGACUUGCGAUGUUAACUGUAUUUACAGAAA